AUGAUGUCCUCAACAAACGAGGAGGACCCCUUCCUCCAGGUCCAACAAGAUGUCCUCAGCCAAAUCUCAUCCAUCCGGCCCCUCUUCGCGUCAUACCUUCGCAUCCGCUCCCUCGCCUCAUCCUCCACCUCCCCCGAGCUCACAUCUGCCCGCGCCGAACUCGAAACCGCACUCUCUUCUCUAUCCGAGGACCUAGCAGACCUCGUCGCCUCCGUCCAGGCGAUCGAGUCCAACCCCUCCCAGUUCGGCAUCUCCGAUCAUGAAGCCUCCCGCCGGAAGCGCCUUGUCCAAGAGGUUGGCGCCGAGAUCCAAGACAUGCGCGAGGAGCUCAAUAAGAAUGUCGCCGGUGGCGGAGGCGGCAAUAACGAUUUGCCAGACCCAAGCUCCUUUGCUAUCGGCGAGGGCGACGGAGGCGAUGCGUACAAUGAGUUUGAGCAGCAGCAGCAAAUGGAGAUUAUGCAGGAGCAGGAUAGACAUCUCGAUGGGGUGUUUCACACGGUUGGCAACUUGCGCCGCCAGGCGGAUGACAUGGGGAGAGAAUUGGAAGAGCAGAACGAGAUGCUCGAGGUGGUGGACGAUCUGGCGGACAGAGUAGGCAGUCGACUACAGACCGGCAUGGCAAAGCUGCACGUGGGUUCAAUAUCUACGGCGCAAGAUGAUGCAGGAUAG